AUGUGUUUUUGUUGUGAUGGCAAGCCAUCUGCAGGUAUCUAUGGAUUUGGGAAUAGUGCACGAGAAAAACCAUUCCGAAAAAUUACUUAUGGUUUGAAGUUAUUUGAGGAAAAACUGGAAUUUCUUAAUCACAAAGAUGCUAAUGAACAGUUGUUAUGUGCGCAGUUCCUGCAGAUUUUAACCGACACCACCAGAAUGAAGCUACCCAUUACCGAGAGUGUCCUGCAACCUGAGAAAGAGGCCCAACAUAGCUAUUUUUUUCACAUGAGCAGUUUCACAGCAUUUUGCUGA